AAAUUCAUUCAUGGUUCAUGUUCCUGCUCCUUCGAUUAAGAGACUGAAUUCCUCAGCUCUCUCCUUCUUUUGUUAUUGUUUUUGUCUUCGUUGCCUCCUCUUUCGGCUGCAAGAGUAGAUCUGAAUUGGAUCGAUUUCUUGCCAGCUUUGUUCUAGAGGCACAAAUUGAAAUCCUCGGUGGGGAAUUUUAUGUCAGAUUUGGCUCUUCUCCUUCUCUGACUUCCCUUUCUUUGGCACAUUAUUCAUUGCUCAUCUUCUCCGGGUUUUUUUUCCACCCGCUGCUUGUAUAUACUUAUUAGUUGCUUACUUGCUGCUGAGUUUGUGACCACGUACCUGGGCAACAUGGGUAUCUGGGGAGCAUCAGAAACUGCUCAACCCGUCGGUUUCCAUAUCUGCUAGCUCACUGAUUUUGAAUCGAAAACCAGGAACAUGAUCGAAUUGGCUGAAUGUAGGUUGGGGGUUUUUUUUAAUUCGGCUGGGCAUGGUCAGUUCUCAAUCUCCAGUUCAAGAUGAGUUGAGCCGAGCCAAUAUGGUGAUCGCUGACCGGAUUUGAAUACAGCACCAAUCUGCUUGUUUGAGGAAAGCCCCCUAAUUUACACUCAGCCAAAUUCCAAACACCAGUUUCACACUCCUUCCUGACCCCUAAUCCUACUAUCAGAGAUGGCCUAAUUUCUUCUCUCAAAUUCGUACUUGUAGGUAGGGACGCUCAAAAGCAUUGAGCUUUAAUUAAAAACAUGACUCUUUAAUCCAAAGUAUUGAGCUUGUUUGAGGAAUUCUAAUAAGAAGGUAGUAGGCGAAACAUGGAUACAGUAUGGACCCCACCCAAAUAUGAAAUCGAGUUGUGAAGAUAAUGGAACCAAUUGAAAAUAACGGAGAGGGCAUUGAGCCCAGAGCCAAUAAUACAGGAAGAGGGCAGAAGUCGAGAAGCAGUCCCAAACUCAACAUUCAAAACAAGGUUGUCAAACCGGUUUAUGUCAGUGUGCCGGUUUAGCAAAUGGAAUGGUUCAACUGGUGGCACAUACCGGUUUGUGCCGAUUCAUGCCGGUCAAUAUUACAAAUAAAAUUAAAAUACUCAUAUUAGUGUAAUUUUUUUCGGAUGUGUGCUAUUUUUGUAUUUUUUUAAAAAGGCCCUAUUUCUGGACCAAGACCGCAUUUUGGCCAAGCGGUUUUAGGUAUGACCUACAGAAAACACUUGGCCGAGGUGCGGUUUUGGCCUGACCUAUUAAAACCGCAUCAUGAAGGUGCGGUUUGUUUCUCCUAAACAAAACCGCACCCUCAUUGUGCAAUUUUGCCAUACAAACCGUAGCUUGGAGGUGCGGUUUUGGUCAAUCAAUUUCCGACAUACCAUGCAGACGUAACAGACGUGGGUCUGCAUGGCAAACGAAAACCGCACCUCUAAGGUGCGGUUUUCAUCAGUAAUUUUGCCUAUAAAUGGUCUCUCGGACAACCACUUCUCUUCACACCUCUCCUUCUCUCUUUUCAAUUUUAUGUUGUAGCUCUAUAUUUCUUUAGUAGUUUUGCGAUUAACGUUAACUCGUAAGUUUAUUUAGUAUUACUUUUUAUUGUUAUUUUUUAUUUUUGAUUGCUAUGAUAUUAACCGAACUAUGGUUUUAUCGCAGAUGGCAUUCCAAAAGUUCACGCUUGGUUUACGGUGGAUGGUUACACGGAAGAGACCAGAAAGGGGGUCACCUACGUAGGUGGCAAUUUUCAGAAGAUAAAGGUCGCUACCAGACCGCUGCUUGAAGACCUCCAUCAAAUGUGCACUAACGUUACUUGCAUGGAUGGCACGAGAAGAGUUGAUCGUAUGGUGUACCGAUAUCCAAACAGAGAAAGUGGGUCAUUGUGGCAUGCGGAAUAUCUCAUAACCACUCAGGAUGAUGCCAUGCUCGAAUUCAUGAGGUCCAACAAUCUUUCCAAAGCCGAGAUGUUCGUUUACACCGAGCCGGUCGCAGGCGUUGGAGGUCAUUCUGGACACGGUCAAACAUCUGGUAUCCAUGGUGGAGGUGAAUUAUAUGGCGAUCAUCCCUACCAAAGUUACCAUGAUCCUCAUUCAUAAUAAUUUAAAGAGAUACAUACAUAUUAUCAUAAAACAAACAUCCUAAAUUAAUUAACAUAAUAACAUUCUAAAUGAAUAAUAAUUUAAAGAGAUACAUACAUAUUAUCGUAAAACAAACAUACUAAAUUAACUAAAAUAAAUGACAUUGUUAAUGAAUAAUAAUUUAAAGA